AUGCGGGCAGACCGUCUUGACCUUGACUCUCUGGACCAUCCAGACCCUACAAAAGGUGGCAACACGGCGGUGGCUGUUCCCAUGGUGGUCAUUAUCAGCUCUGUUGUGCUGGCUUUUGAGGUCCUCGUACUGAUGCACAGCGUGACGAUUAGGGGCGUCUCAAGCUCUUGGGCGUAUCAGCUCUUGGGUGCAGGUGUGUCUUUGGUGGCAGCAGUGCAGUACUCGUUUGUCAUCCCCAUGUCCUACGACCUCAGCCGCUCUGCCGGCGGGGGCGCUGCCGCAUCUGGGUUCUUCAUCGGUUCGAACGGCAUUGGCCUCAUUGUCGGCAUUUGCUUUUCGAGGCUGGCUUGGCACGUGAUGUCCCCAAGUCAGAUCCACGCUGCAAUUGUCCUUCCUGUGAUUGCCAACGCUGGGCUUGUUGUGGCGCUUGCCAGCUUGCUUGCCUCUGGCACCCCAACGCAGCUUAUGCUGCUCGGGUUGCGCAUCGCGAUGGGGUUCUUCGAGGGCGCUGGCCAGCUGAUGCAGUUUCUCGUGCGCCAAAAGACCCCCGCGCACGAGCAGGUACGAGCCGCAGUCCUGGAGUACUCUGCUUAUGCCUUGGGCAUGGGCCUUGGCCCCCUGCUUAGCAGCCAAUUCGGAGCCGAGCCGGGCAUGGGCUACAAAACACCCUUGCAGCCCAGCACAGCUGCAGUGUCUGCAGUGUCAGCUGCAGUCGCAUUCCUUUGCGUUUGCAUGGCUGCGGUCCUGGUGCUGGCAAUCCCAUCUUCGCCAAAGGAUUUCGGACGGGAGAACGCCUCUGAGGCGGGAGCAGAGGAUGCAGCCUUCAACCGCAGCAAUCGUGCUGCAGUCGUGUUUCUUUGCUUGGUGCUGUUUUCUCUUUGCUUUGGAGCAUGUGCCUCGGUUGAAGCGACCACCGCUCUCCUACUCGAAGUGGACGGCGGGUGGGGGUACCAUGCAAUUGGCAGAGGCAUUGGGGCUGUGCUCGCGGGAACUGCCGUGACCGGCGCUGGCCUCAUGGCCAUUCAGGAGAGCGGUCUUGUGGACGACGCAGUGGCCACAUGGGUCAUGCUUAUGGUGGCUGCAGCUGGAGCAGUGCUACUCUUGAGAACACAUGGGAUGUCGGCUGCCCUAGCAGCAGACUUUUUGAUCUAUCCCACGCUCGUUUGCGUCGCGGGCGUGGGGGAAGGCACCGCCAUUGAGGCAAGCAGCCCCAUGUCAGUCUUCUCUCAGCCAAAUAUCCUCGUAAUGUCCUCCUUUGCUGAUGCAGCAACGAGGGUCUUCUUCACCCCAUUGGGGCGGUACGUUUUCGAUGUAGGCGGCAGGACUGGCUAUGCGUACAUGUUGCUGAUGAUCGUGGCCGUCAUUGCAGUGGCUGAUGUUCUCAUCAGACUGUUAAGAGGCAUGGCAUCGUCUGAAAUCAGCUACGGCUACGACAAGCUUCACGUGAAGUUGGGGGCCCAGGGCCAGGCAGAGAAGAGACCUGACUUCAUCAAGGUGUUGGAUGUCCCCCUAAUCGAGAAGGUGGAGGUCCGGGACACGGAUUGCGGCAAGGGCCUCGUUGCCGCUCAACCCAUCCGCCAAGGCGAGCUGAUCUACCGGGCUAAGUUUCACUUUCUGCCCGACCUUCCUGGAAAGGUCCUGCUGCAAUAUGGCAGUGUGGAGUACGUGCUCGAUGUUUUCACGCAUACCUCUCUCCUUGGGCCGAACAUUCGCGAAAUGAGCGACGUGGACAGCUUCACGAACCACAGCUGCGAACCAAAUAUAUUCUAUGCAAGCACCGAGUUCUGGAAUGAGUCAAGCGGUGAUUACGGAGUUUAUGCCCUCAAGAAUAUCAGCCCCGGCACCGAGCUCACCGCCGAUUAUGAGCUCUUUGACAUUGACUUGCAGACCGUUGGAAUGGACCUCUCACCAUGUAGGUGUGGUUCAUCCACAUGCCGAGGUUCCAUCCGCGGCUGCAAGUAUUGGCCCUUGGAGGUGCUUCUACCAAGGCUCGCCGAGGUGGAGCCAAUCCCGCGAGCUUAUCUCCUGCAGCAGCACCCUACAGUGCAGUUCCUCGACUUCGGCAAAAGCACUGGCUUGGGUGCAGCUCCUUCGGAAUCGGAGAAGCCUCGCUGGCCCAUCACUGCUGCAUGCGACUUUGAGCCUGGUGCUGUGAUCUGUGAGGGAAAGAGCUGUGUUGUGGACUGCCAUGUUUGCCACAUGGUUGUCAACUUCCCGGUGCAGCUGGGCCCGGAGUGCUGGCUUCCACGAACGGUGGUCUUCGCCAAGGAAGACCUUCUCAAAGCGUCUGCGCCAGUCGGAGUGGGCGGCCAGCGAGAAGAGCGUCGCUUUUUUGGCCUUGAUCUUGCUGCAAACGGGCAAGAAGCAGACGCAGAAAUCCGGAUGAUAUCGCCUACAGAGGAAGCAACAGAAACUUUCCAGGUCAGGUCAAGGGUCCGAAUCAGGGCAGGACAAGCAUUCACUUGUUCAGCGCCGUGUUUGCAUAUUUCGUAA